ACCCCUAACUUUUACUCCAUAGAACAAUGAGACUAGAGAGUAGAGAGUAGAGAGUGAGUAAUUAUCAAUUUUUCCAAUAUAAUUAAAACAAUUAAUACUUGUAUUGUUUUUCAAGUGCACCCUCUCUCUCUUCCUCCAUUGAAGCGUACUCUGAAUCCUCCAUUGAAGCGUCUUUGGAGCUUUCUUUUCUUUAUUGAAGCGGCUUUUGAGCUUUCUCUCUUCCAUUGAAGCAGCUACUGAGAAGGGCUUAACGCGGGAGAAAUGAUGAUUGGUGUGGCUACUGGAAGGCGAGCAAUAUCAGCGAUUCCUAGAUUAUGCCAACGAAUUAAACAAACAGAUAAUGAGAUUGUCAAAAUGUUUCUCGUAAAAAAUCCAGUGUCUGAUACCCAAAACACGUCACCAAGUCGAAAGAGUUAUGCUCGAGCAUUAGACGAGAGAUUUAUCAGGAUUUUGAAAGUAUUUAAGUGGGGGCCUGAUGCUGAAAAGGCUUUGGAAGUACUUAAGCUAAGGGUGGAUCAUAGAUUGGUAUGUGAAGUUCUUAAAAUAGAUGUUGAUAUAAAUGUCAAGAUUCAGUUCUUUAAGUGGGCAGGGAAAAGGAGGAAUUUUGAGCAUGACUCUACCAGUUACACGGCUUUGAUCCAUUGUUUGUUUGAAGCUGGAUCAGCUAGUGAACUUUGGAAGACAAUCCAAGACUUCGUUCGAAGCUCAUGUCACUUUAGCCCAUCUGAAUUUUCUGAAGUUCUGAGAGUUCUAGGCCAUGCUAAGAUGCUGAACAAAGCAGUUUCAAUCUUCUAUCAGAUUAAAAGGCACAAGUGUAAACCAACGUCAAGCACUUACAACUCCCUCAUCUUGAUGUUGAUGCAAGGUGGUCAGUAUGAAAAGGUGCAUGAGCUUUAUAAUGAGAUGUGUAAUGAUGACAGCUGCUUCCCUGAUACAGUAACUUACGGUGCUUUGAUACAAGCAUUUGGAAAACUGGGCCGUGACGAUUCUGCUGUGAGGUUGUUUGAUGAGAUGAAGGAGAACGGAUUAGUUCCCAAUGCAAAGAUCUAUACAGCAAUAUUGGCCAUUUAUUUCAAGCAGGCCAGGGCUGACAAGGCAUUGGAUCUGGUCAAAGAAAUGAAAGAAAAGGGGUGUUCUCUAACUGUUUACACGUAUACUGAAUUGAUUAAGGGACUAGGUAAACUUGGCCGAGUGGAUGAGGCUUAUGACACCUUUUUAAGUAUGCUAAAAGAAGGAUGCAAGCCAGAUGUUGUCUUAAUUAACAACUUAAUAAAUGUUUUAGGCAGGUCUGGUUUUUUGGCUGAGGCUCUUAAGGUGUUUGAAGAUAUGGAAUCUUUGCAGUGUAUACCAAAUGUGGUCACAUAUAACACAGUAAUCAAAUGUUUAUUUGAAGCCAAUGCUCCACUAGCUCAGGCCUCUGCAUUGUUCGAUAAAAUGAAGGGAGUUGGGAUUGCCCCUAGCUCUUACACUUACUCCAUUCUGAUUGAUGGUUUUUGCAAGAAGCAUAGAGUUGAGGAGGCUUUGAUGCUUCUUGAAGAAAUGGAUGAGAAGGGUUUUCCUCCUUGCCCAGCAGCAUAUUGCAGUCUGAUUAAUAGCCUUGGAAAAGCAAAACGAUAUGAUGCUGCAAAGGAGCUAUUCCAGGAGCUGAAAGAAACCUCUGGUACCUCAAGUGCUAGAGUUUAUGCCGUAAUGAUUAAACAGUAUGGUAAAAGUGGUUGUCUUGAUGAAGCAAUAGAUCUUUUCAAUGAGAUGAAGAAAGUUGGCUGCAGUCCAAAUGUUUAUGCUUAUAAUGCACUUAUGUCUGCAUUGGCGAGAGCUGGCAUGAUAAAUGAAGCACAAAGGUUGCUUCAGACUAUGGAAGAAAAUAGCUGUGCACCAGAUAUAAACUCACGAAAUAUUAUAUUAAAUGGUGUGGCUCGAACAGGUGGUCCAAAACAAGCAAUAGAAAUGUUUGAUAAGAUGAAGAAUUUACCCAUCAAACCAGAUGCUGUUUCCUACAAUACUAUGCUUAGUUGUCUUAGUCGUGCUGGUAUGUUUGAGGAGUCUGUGAAAUUGAUGAAAGAGAUGAAUAACAAUGGUUUUCAGUAUGACCAAAUUACAUAUUCAUCACUUCUUGAGGCAGUGGGAAAGAUAGAUGAUGAGCCUACACCACCAACUUUUGCACAGUAGUCAGGUCGAUAUCUGCGUGAUUUAUGAGGAUAUUUUCUUCAUAAUGCUUCGUUGGUUUUCAUAUUAGUCUGAUGAGCCAUUUGUUACAGUAUUGGAUGAAGUGAGGCUGUAAUAUCCUAAGUUCAUUGAUGAAGCGUAUGGAAUGGAGGACUGAUUUGUUAGAGGAUUAUUUUAAUGAGAGUGAUCUAAUUGAUGCAGAGCGUAUGGAAUGGAGGACUGAUUUGUUACUUGUUAGGGAUCAGAAAUGCAUACUUGCUAUCCCCAUCAGUAGUGCCCCAAAGGAUGAAAUAUCCUGGGCUUUUUCGAAGGAAAGGUGAGUACACUGUAAAAUCAGCUUAUAUGCUAAGGAAAAGCUGUAAUUUUGAUGAAGUUCAUCACGCUUGGGUUGAAAUUUGGAGCCUUGAUGUCUCACCUAAGGUCCGCCGCUUUCUUUGGAAAUUGUGUACCAACACAAUUCCUACCUGAACUAUUUAUAAGAGCUGCCACCUGAUUGAGGAUUCUUCAUGCUCUUGGUGCCAGUCAGAACAAGAAAGUCCAUGGCAUGUACUGUAUGAAUGUAUCCGAGUUAGGAGUCUGUGGGAGGAGACUAAGUGCAAUAUCUUGAUGCGUGAUGGGAAGUUGGGGACUCAAAAUCCUUCUGUGAGAUGCUGGCAAAGUGGAGGAAUAUUGACACCAAAUUAAAGUAGCGUGGUUCCAUCCUAGCAUGGUGGUUAUGGGCUGAAAGAAAUAAGAAAGUGUUUGACAGGAAAGAAACGCCAAACACUAUCUUACUGAACCGUGUGUUCAGGUUAAAGGAAGAACAAGGCAUGUAUGCAAAACAAAUUAUUCCAAGCCUGUGAUGAAGAAACCCUCCCAUCAGAAAACAUGGUCAGCCCCCUCCUGAUGGUGUGAUUAAGCUGAACAUUGAUGCAGCCCUGAAUACUGAAGGUUGGGCCGGGUUAGGAGUGGUGGCGUGGGACAGUCAAGCGGAGGUUCUGCUUGCUGCUCUAUGCCGCAUUAAAGCCUGGUGGUCCCCUAGUAUAGUUGAAGCUAAAGCCAUAGUAAUGGCGCUCUGUCUUGGUAGAAGAUACGGACUGAAGGACAUAGUGGCGGAGUCGGAUUGUGAACUACUUGUGAGCAGAUUGAACAGAGCAGCGAUUUUUAACACGGACCUUGAUGCCAUUCUGGAGGACAUUCUUGUUUUGAGUAAUAUUUUUAAUUCUGUAUCGUUUUCUCAUGUUAAAAGUGAUGGGAACAGCUGCCCAUCAUCUAGCUGGAGUUAAUCCUUUUGGAGUUGAGCGUGGGAAAAUCAUUCUCCUCUGGAAAUUGCUUCUUUUGUACUGAUGACAAGUUUCUCACUAAUUCCAUAUUUUGGUUACAUAACUAUUGUCUUUUUAAGAAUGUAUUAUACAUACGGAGUAUGUAGUAUUUAUUGUAACACAUUCCUUUAGUCAUAUAUAUGCAUAUUUUUUUUAUUAAUUUGUUUAUUUUGAUAACAUGUUUUUUUUAUUAUUUUGAGAUAUCCAUUUAAGACUAGAGCAUUUGCAUUGUCUUAUCUGAAUGCAUGUGACCCGUCUUUGGAUUAUAUGGGGGUUCUGGAGAUGUCAAAAACCCAUUUAUAAUUUGGCCUGAAGUUGUUGAGGUAAACUUCCUUAUAGAAGCAUCGGGAACUUGUUAAACUCGUGUAUUGAAUGGUUGCUCCUUGACUGAACUGAAGUACCUGGAUCUUGGAUGGUGAGGAAGAACCAGGACAUAAAAAAGCUUGGGCAUCUCAAGUUAGAUCUGUGUGGAAAGGAGUGAUGCUAUGCAGAUGGCUGGAUCCAUAUUAUGCCUUCACUGCUGAUUGAAA